AUGUCGGCUCAAGUGGCGCCCACGCGCAUGGCACUGACAACCUACAGGGGAAAACGCGUUGGCGCAAAGAAGGGAUUCGAAUUACUGAAAAAGAAAGCUGAUGCGUUAAAAAUGCGUUUUCAGGCUAUGCUACGCGAAAUUCAGAAGACCAAACUGGCCAUGUCAACAGAGGCGUCCGAAGCAUUUUUCUCACUUACACAAGCGCAGUACGCUGCAGGUGAUUUUCGUAAUAAGGUAAUUGAGUCGGUGAGUACUGCGGAAAUACGCACGCAGAAUCGCAUCGACAACGUGGCCGGCGUCAAACUACCGGUGUUUACCGAGGUAGAGGUCAGUCGAGAAAAGAGUGAGAACAUUGGCCUGGCUGGCGGAGGUGGCAAGAUUCAAAACUGCCGUGAAAAAUUUCGCGUCCUAUUACGCGCGUUGAUCAAACUAGCGUCUUUACAGACUUCUUUCGUGACGCUGGAUGAAGCUUUGAAAGUGACCAAUCGUCGUGUUAAUGCGCUAGAUAACGUCACUAUUCCUCGUAUUGAGAAGACAAUUUCAUACAUUACGCGCGAGCUAGACGAGCUAGAGCGUGAAGAUUUUGUGCGCAUUAAAAAAGUUCAAGCGAACAAGCAAGAACACGAAAAAGCCGCCAUGCUCCGAGAAACAGAAGAAAUCGCAUCUAAGAAAAACUCGGGCACCGCUGAGGAGGACGAUCCAUUCGCGGACGUCAUUGCGUCGGACCGCGAUAUCCUUGCCCACUUCAGGUGCACAGAAAAUUGGUUGCAUCUUGUAAAGCUUGUCAUUUCGAUGACAAACUCUGUUCCAGACUUCUUUUGGGCCUCUGUCGUCAGCUAG